GGAGCAGGAGGAGAAGAAGGAGGAGGAACAUCCCCGAACCAGCAUCAUGAGGGUCGCGGCGUGCCUGUGUCUGCUGGUGGGCGUCUCGCUCCAGGUGGACGUGAAAAGUGGGAAAGCUGGGAAUUUCAUGGAAGACAAGCAGUGGCUGUCAACCAUCUCCCAGUACAGCCGGAAGACCAAACACUGGAACCGCUUCAGAGACGAAGUCGAGGAUGACUACAUUAAAAACACAGAGGAGAACACUGGCUCUGAUGAAACUGUCGACACCACCAAGGACCCGUGUCAGAACGUGAAGUGCAGCCGGCAUAAGGUGUGCGUCGCUCAGGGCUACCAGAGAGCCACGUGUAUCAAUCGCAAGAAACUGGAGCAGAGAGUCAAACAGCCGGAGCUUCAUGAAAGCAGCUGCAAGCCUUGUCCUGCAGCUGCCUCUUCACCUGUUUGUGGCUCUGAUGGACACAACUAUGCCUCAGAGUGUAAGCUGGAGCAGCAGGCUUGCCUCGCAGGCAAAGACCUGAGGAUCAUGUGUGCUGGAUUUUGCCCCUGCACCUCCGGCCCCAUUACAAACACUGACAUGAAACAUGAGAGCUGUACCGGUCAGGACCUGGCAGAUUUAGGCGACCGCCUCAGAGACUGGUUCCAGCUGCUUCAUGGGAACGCAAAGCAGAACAACUCCAGCAAGCCUGGAACGGGCGCAGCUUCAGUGCUGGAAAAGAGUCUGGUAGCCAGCUGCAAGGACUCCAUCGGCUGGAUGUUCUCAAAGUUGGACACCAAUGGGGAUCUUUUUCUGGACCACGCUGAGCUGGCUGCUAUUAACCUGGACAAGUACGAGGUCUGCAUCCGGCCCUUCUUCAACUCCUGUGACAGCUACAAGGACGGAAAGGUUUCCACAGCGGAGUGGUGCCUCUGCUUCUGGAGAGAAAAGCCGCCCUGCCUCGCCGAGCUGGAGAGGAUCCAGGUGCAGCAGGCUGCCAAGAAGAAGCCUGGCAUGUACAUUCCCAGCUGCGAUGAGGACGGCUACUACAGGAAAGUGCAGUGUGACCAUAGCCAAGGGGAGUGCUGGUGUGUCGAUCAUCACGGAGAGAUGAUGGGCUCUAGGAUCCAUGGCAACCCCGCGUGUGAUGAAGUGGAUGGAUAUUCUGGAGAUUUCGGAAGUGGAGUGGGAUGGGAGGACGAAGAGGAAAAAGAAGCAGAGGAAAACGUUGAGGAAGCCGAGGAGGAGGAAGAGGAGGAAGGUGAGGCAGACGAUGGAGGAUACAUCUGGUAGAAAAGGGAGCGGGGGAGGAUCAGACUGGACUAGGGGCUGAAUUUGUGGUGCUGGGCAGGUGAUGUAACAAAGUGGAGCUGUUUAUUAUAGUUUUUUUUUUUAAAUCUUAGAUAUGUGUAUUUGCUUCUUUUGAGCUUCUGUUUUUUGAGCAACAGAGCUGUGUUUUCUCUGUCCUGAAA